AUGAAAUAUUCUUGGGGUGUUGCACUUGAAGUUAUGAGACUGGUGCCACCUCUUCAGGGAACAUUUAGAGAGGUCAUUACCGACUUCACCUACGAAGGUUAUACAAUUCCAAAAGGAUGGAAGGUGUAUUGGUCGGCCAGCAGCACAAACAAGAUCUCCGAGUAUUUUCCAGCACCGGAAGAGUUUGAUCCGACCAGGUUUGAGAACGGAAAAGCUCCCCCUGCUUACUCGAACAUCCCAUUCGGAAGCGGACCUCGAAUUUGUCCUGGAAAAGAGUAUGCUCGUCUGCAACUCCUGUGUUCUCUCCAUCACAUUGUGACCAAAUACAAGUGGGAAGUGAUAAAUCCAAAUGCCAAGGUUGCAGGUGGUAUGAAUCCCGUCCCAGAAGAAGGGAUUCACAUUCGGCUUCAACCUUAUUAG